GGAGGAGGAGGAAGAGGAGGAGGAGGAGGAGGGAUGAGGCGCGCGGCGGAGGGGAAAUGGCUGCCGAAAACAAGCCGGAAGGACUGAAGAAGAUUAGAAAUCCAGAGCGAAUGGUCAGGAUUGCAGUUGGUUACACGGGACACACCCCUCCCAAGAGUGAUGACACUGACGCCAACAGUGAGCCGGGCCAGUUGAAAAUCUACCUUCCGAAGAAGCUUCUCGAGUGUCUGCCCAAAUGUUCCUCUCUGCCCAAGGAGCGCCAUCGUUGGAACACUAACGAGGAGAUUGCUGCGUAUCUCAUCACUUUUGAGAAACAUGAUGAGUGGCUGACGACAUCGCCAAAGACCAGGCCUCAAAAUGGCUCCAUGAUCCUCUACAACCGCAAGAAGGUGAAGUACAGGAAAGAUGGGUACUGCUGGAAGAAAAGGAAAGACGGGAAGACCACCCGAGAGGAUCACAUGAAGCUCAAAGUCCAGGGUGUGGAGGUGAGAGGCCGCCAUGCAGAAGAAACACGUCUCUUCCUAAAUGAAAACGACCUAAGUGGCUAUAACCUGAGUUCUCCUUUGCUGUUCUCUCCUUUGCCGUCCUCACCUCAUCCUCUCCUUGUGUCCCGCUCCCUCCAUUUUCUUUUCUCCCACCCCCCCACAACCUGCUACGUCCACUCCUCCAUCAUCCCCACCUUCCACCGUAGAUGCUAUUGGCUGCUGCAGAAUCCAGACAUCGUGCUGGUGCACUAUCUGAAUGUUCCGGCAGUGGACGAUAGCGGGAAGCCAUGCGGCCCUGUUCUCUGCUCUAUCAACACAGACAGGAAGGAGUGGGCCAAGUGGAGCAAGGAGGAGCUCAUCGGACAACUCAAACCUAUGUGUGCCGGAAGCAGCCUACAUCAGAAAUGCUCCAGCGUCAAGCAGCGCAUCAUCUCAUCCAAGCAGGAGUCAGGGGCAGCAGCAGGGGGUGGCGCUGCAGCGGGUGGCGGCGGUACAGCGGGCCAGAGAUCUGAGGAAGCAGACGGCACGGAGGUCCAGAACAGCGAUGUGUCAGAGGGCCAGACAGAGCCCAGUCCUGGGGGGCGCAGGAGCAGGGCAGGCGGGGGCGACCGGAGAAACGGCCGAAUGCCAAAGCCCUCCCUUCUCCCGCAGAGCAGCAUGGAAGUGUCCUCCUCUACUUCCACCAACCAGGUGGAAGUCCCUGACACCACCCAGAGUUCCCCACUCUCGAUCACCAGUGACAUGGCUGACAGCCCGGCGCUCGCCAUCGGCGCCGGGCUGUCGCAGAGCACUGCUGUGUUCAUGUCCGAAGUCACCACACUGACUGGGGAUUCGGUUUAUUCAGCUGGCCACCCCCACCUGCUGCCAUCCACCCAUGAGAGCGCCGCCACUGGCAUUCUCUUGGCCGUUGCCCCCGAGAACCAGAGGUUUGCAUCAUUUCCUGGUGGCGUCGGCUUAGGGGAGGGAGGAGAGUUGGUCCUUUCCAGCUCGCUCGACUCCGGCGGAGGGGUCAGCCUUCCGGAGACUGCCAUGACGUUUGACCCCGACUGCUUCCUUAAUAACCCCAAGCAGGGUCAGACCUACGGGGGAGGUGGAGGGAAGACUGAGGGGUGUAACGGUAACGAUGGAGGGAUCCACUGUUCAUCAAACGGCUUUGUGUACAGCCCAUCCCUCGUCAACAACAUCAAGAAGGAAGCGACACCGAUGGAGCAACCACUGGCCCCUCAGAGUAGUUAUGUAGGAGAGGGGGCGGGCCUAAGCCCAAGCACCACUCUGGAGCAGAUGGACUUCAGUGCUGUCAUGUCAUCACCAUGCCUUGCCCAGUCUGCGCACCACCCUUCGCCAAACCUCUUCCUCCAGACCUCCACGCACACGAACCAGCCCUCCCAGCAGCAGAGCAACGGCGCCGAGGCACCACAGGAAUCGGGUGAAGCAAGGGCUUACAUCAGCCUGCCAGGAGACGCCCCGAUCCCCAACGGAGACCACCAUACACACCUCCACCAAACCAGUCAAGACCAAGCCCUGUGUGCAAGGAGUGGAAAAGGAGCAUCCGUGACCUCUUUCCCCUUGACGAGCCAGGACACUGAUAUUGAGCAGCCCAGCAGUGGGGUUCGUCAAGAGGCCGGUGGCAAAGUUCUUGAGAACGGCGCAGAGUUAAUGCUCAAGUCUGGCGCUGCUCAUGAGGCGUACGCCAGUGUGGACACUGAACACUACCUUCAACCUACAGAUGGCAAUGGAGUCGGGGAGGAAGCGGGAGUGGGCUGCGGCGCGGCGGGAGGAGGGGAGAAUGAAAUUCUGUGUAAUGGAGUAAGCUUGUCAGGGGCUGCCAGCUCCGUGGUGGCCAGUCCUCAGUCAAUAGGCGCCGGGGCAAGCAUUGAGAGGGCACUGUACAAUUCCUCUCUUCCUCCACAAGGUGGAGGCGUAACUGCCACGGCGGCAGCAGCAGGAGCAGCCAUCAGCCUGGAGGGGUUUGAGGCUUCGUUUGGAAGCCAGUUCUCUGAUCUCAUCAAUGAUUUCAUCUCAGUUGAAGGGUCUGCAGGUGGGGUAGGGGCUGCCGUCAAUGGGGUCCUGAUGCCUCAGGAGGGCGCGGUGGGAGAGGAGCAGGGCACGGGGGCAGGCCACCUGCAGGGCUCCGAAGUGGAGCAGGGAGCUCUGGGAAUGCUCCAAGAGACCGGGAGGCUGUUUGGUGUGACAGACUACUCCCCAGAGUGGUCUUAUCCAGAGGGUGGUGUGAAGGUGCUUAUCACGGGACCGUGGUUAGAGUCAAGCAGUGAGUACAGCUGUCUCUUUGACCACAUCAGCGUCCCUGCUGCCCUCAUCCAGCCUGGCGUGCUACGCUGCUACUGUCCAGCCCAUGACACGGGACUCGUCAUGCUGCAGGUAGCAAUGGGCGGCGAGGUCAUCUCUUCGUCAGUGGUGUUUGAAUACAAGGCGCGCGACCUUCCUGCCCUCCCAUCCUCUCAGCAUGACUGGCUGUCACUGGACGAUACCCAGUUCAGGAUGUCCAUCUUGGAGCGUCUGGAGCAGAUGGAACAGAGGAUGGCGGAUAUAACCAAUCAAAACCCCAGCUCAGAAACUAUGGCAACCAAGAGUGGAGGUGUAGAGGGAGGGAGAGCCUCCGAACAGCAGUCUCAAACCUCUCCUGACCACAGUUCAUUUGAGGGACGUGUUGUGGUCGUGUGUGAGAAGAUGAUGUCCCAGCCGUGUUGGGCUUCCUCCACUCAGCUCGUCCACAGCAAGAACUCGAGAGGAAUGACCUUAUUGCACCUGGCUGCAGCUCAGGGUUACGCCGGGCUCAUUCAGACUCUCAUCCGCUGGCGCACUAAGCAUGCCGACAGUAUUGACCUCGAGCUGGAGGUGGAUCCUCUUAAUGUCGACCACUUCUCCUGCACACCACUGAUGUGGGCAUGUGCUCUGGGUCAUACUGAUGCAGCACUGGUGCUUUACCAGUGGGAUCCAAGAGCUUUGGCUAUUCCCGAUUCUCUGGGACGCUUGCCGCUCAACAUCGCCAGAUCACGGGGCCACACACGACUGGCUGAGCUCUUGGAACAGUUACAACAAAGUCCUCAAGCUCCAAGUCAGCCCGCUGACACGUGGAUGGACAGGUGGAGAGGAGGCUCUGAAAUCAGCAGAAUAAACAACAGUCACCCCUCAAACUCAAACUCAGAACUGAGGCGAGCCCGGACUGAGAGCCAGCCCAGCAACCAGAGCUGGAACCAAGCAGGACACAGAACUUCACAGGCAACCCAGGGAGAGCAAGGGGGUCCGCCCCCAGCUAAAAGACUCAAACCCACUCAGCAACAGCUCGCUAACUCAACCUCCAGCAACCUCAAUUCCCUCCCAAACCUCCUCAGUCCUAACACUUACUCUUCCCCUCUCCCAAGUCCUCAACAAACCCAACAUCCCAACCUCAGCAAUCGCAGCGCACCUCCUGCCAGCUUCGGUCCUGACUGUCCUCAGCUCCCCAGCCCCUCCUUCUCCCACCUGCAGGCCAGGAUAGGGGCAUCUGGAGGGGGCUCCAGGUGGAGUCUGAGGCAGACUCUGGGUCAGCGUAGUCUCGCCAGGCGGAUUCUAGGGAAAGAGCGAUUGGCCGUUCACCUGCGCCAGAGAGUCCUGUCUGACAGGGGUGGAGAGACGGAGCUGCUGACCUAUCAGGAUAACACAGAGGACUUGCAGAUGGACAUUUCAAUGCUUGCUGAUCACAUCAUGGAGACAUCCACUGCUCGACUCAAACAGGAGGAUAUGGAGACCGAAACAGACUCCGGAAGGGUGGGCCUCGGCGGUGACGUCAGACUGCUGUCUGGUUAUCUUGCCGAGGUGGAAAGGUUCCUUAAUGCCAAGCCGCAGACUCCUGGCCCGAAAUCAAACUCUCACUCGGGGCCUGAGGGUGAGCAGUGUCCUUUAAACAAGCAAAACCUGCCAAGCCCCUCUGACUGGAACUCCUUCUUCUCUGCAGCGAUGAAAGCGGAACGAUUGAAAACGGACUCCUCCUUUCUUGCCAUGACAGAAGCAGAGCAGAGAGAGCUGUGUGAGACCAUCAGGAAUGCUCUGCACUCCCUUCGAAAACACAAGGGUCCUAUUCAGGAACAACGCAAAGAGAUUGCAGCAGUGAUUCAGCGCUGCUAUAAGAGAUACAAGCAGUAUGCACUUUAUAAGAGGAUGACCCUGGCAGCCAUCCUGAUCCAGAGUCGUUUCCGGAGUUUCCAUGAGCAGAGGAAGUUCCAACAGAGUCGCAGAGCAGCAGUCCUCAUACAGCAAUACUACCGCUCCUACAGACACUCCCUCAGCAACCUUCUGACUAAAAAACAGAACCAGGCUGCACGCAAGAUCCUGAGGUUCCUGCUCCGAUGCCGCCACAGGGUCAGAGAGCAGAAAAAGGCCAGGGGUCCUGAAAGCCCACCGCCAGGCCCCACCCACAGCCCACUAACCCUAGCUCUCGAGGCAAACCAUCCUGUUAACGCGGUGUCACCACAAAAUCACCAACCAGUCCGACUCACAAAUACUUAUGAGCCGAUCAAUCAGUCACCUGAUCAAAAGGGGAGGAACCACUUGAAUGUAAGAGGAGCAGUUGUUUCCGUGAGGGCGGAGGUCUGAAUUAACGAUGUCUUAAUUUGUUACAUGGACUUUGUAUGGAGUUUGUUCUCAGAGGCGGCACUUUGCUCGCCCAACGUGGUGUCCGUGUUUGUUCAAUUCAAUGCAUGUGUUUGAGCCGCGGGCUCCUGCAUGCUUGCCAAACUGCUUUCGUGUUGUUUCUUUUGUAUUUCUAUGUGGAGUUGUGUCUCACUGUUCUCAUUGACUUAUCCUUGCCCUGCGUAAUGUGAACUGUGUAAGGACAAAUGACAUUUUGGGGUGCUUUUUUUUAAAAACAACAACAACAACAACAACAAAGUUUAUUUCUUUAGGGUCUAAUUAUUUAUUUAAGAAUGGUUCAGCUCGAGACUGGUUUCCCCCCUUGUGUGCUAAAAUACGACAUGUUGCGAUGGUUAAAUGUCUCUGUUAGUUUGUUCUUUGCGUGAACCUCUAAAUCCUAGCUGUGGUUUUUGAGGGAAGAGUAACAUACAGUAACAUUGCCUUGACUUCUUCCUGACACUGAGAGGUCUCUGCUCGCUCUGUACAGGACAACGGGUCUAGAACCUUGCCCGAUACAGGGCAUUGAUCCCCAUAUUAGCCCAUGCGGGCACUCAAAUCCAUAUUUUGGACUAUUGCAUAUUCCUGUAUAUAAACCGACGAGGUAAGGGGAUACGAGGACCCUGAAACUUUUUCAUAAGAGGACUGUAUUUAAGAUUAUAAAUUAUUUUACUCCCAUAAUGAGAACUUAACAUUAAAGACCUGGCUACACAGGACGGCUGUAUUGCUUGUACAUAAUGUAGAUAUUACAAACUGAGUAAUGUGCAUGAUAUUUAAGACGCAGAAACAACAAAAAGAAACAUGUUAGUGGCUAUGGACUGUGAGAGGAUUUUAACGGCUUCACUUUAAGAGUAUCCAGUAUAAGUGUUACUGAAAAAGAACAUUUUGUUCAAGCAUGCAAAUGACAACUCUAAUGUUAGAAUUAAAUAAGUGGGAAAACAAAGUUAGCUGAAACAAAGACCUUUCAGACAAAACAUUUACACGUUGUGCUUUUGUUCCUUGGCUCGCAAAAAUCAAACACUUUUUGCCAGUAGUGCCAAUUAUUAUGAAUGCUAUUUUGCCUAAUACGUUUUGUUGGGUGGGCGGGGGGGAAUACAACACCCAAAAGAUAUCAGUAAGAUGCACAGAGGCAACACACAGACUAUAAACAGUAGACGAGAUAGUAAUAGCUCAACAGUAGUAGUACGGCUAGAGGAUGACAUUGAAGAUGCAGUUGUUGAAAUAACGGUGAUGAAGUUGCUGACAACGAUCAUUGAAAUGUGAACGCGUUGACCCAAACAAAAAAAAAAACAAAAAAAGGCAAGAAGAGGGUGCUACAUUCUUUAAAAUGUGGUUGUGCUUCAGCAACAUGCUACUUUACGUUUCAAGCGUUCUCACCAUUCAGUCGAGCAGAAUGUCUCCUUCCCACUCCUUACAUAUCAUUUCAAUCCUUCUUCUCGCCAUUGUCACUGCCGUUAUUACGUAACACGUGCUUAAGCACCCUGGAAAGCUCUGUUUAGGAAGUGCCUGAUCAAUAACAGCAAAGUGCAAGUUCAUAUCAGGAAAAAUAGCUAUUGUAUGUUCUCCGAAUGGCUGCCAGUUACCUUUUUCUUUCUCCUAAAUGGUGUGUUUAAAAAAAAAAUAAUAAUAAUAACAGUGUUGGACUUGAUUGGAGUCGUUGCGAGUUACGUGCGAUUAUUUGUCAGAGGUCGGAAUGAAUGCUCAUGAUCGUUUUUGGCCCGCUUGUGUGUGCGCGCAUCGUUCAGUAUUUGAAACCAUAAAAUCUCUUCAGUUUUCUUUGUGUAAGAUAUUGUCACGAGUCAAUCAAACGUCUUGGAGUCAGAGCCUGUUUUCCUUGCACAGGUUCGCAUGGGAAAUGUUCUCGUAGCAUUCAGCAGACAUUAAGAACGCAGCGGUUUUCCAGACAACAAAAGGACUGUCCCGUACACUCUUUCCCGUUCGCUCUCUCUCUUUCUUUUUCCUUUCACCCCAUGUCUCGGACACACACACACACAAACACACACACACACACACACACACACACACACACACACACACACACACACGCUCGCGCGAGUGCACACAGUCAUAAAAACAAGAAGGCCACAGUCUUUCUCUCUGCGCUUAUGUCUUUGGGAACAGUUCAAUCUCUCCCUUAGAUUUUACUCAGGGUUGAAGAACAGGGAGAUGAUAUGUGGAGUGUCACUAACUCAUUGCUAACACACAGCUUUGUGUAUGCAUGUGUAUUCCAUACGUUAGGGAUACUCCGGGUUUGUUUAUCUAUGAAACAGAAUCCUCUCAUUUUCUAUUGUGGUUCUCAAGUGGCCCUCUUCCAAGCAUAAAGUCUCAUUUUGUGAGGCGAGGAAUGUGAUCUGUUUGCUUGAUCUAAACUGUAACAUGUGUCAUUUUUUUUGUUUUCUACAAGAAAAGAAAAACAAGUAUUGAGUGAUUUCUAAUGGUCAUAAACGCACAAGAUUAAUAUAAGGAAUUCAAAAUACUGUAAGUUGCAGCCAUGUGUUUCUUUGAUUGAAACACUAGUAAGUCCAGUGUUAUGUAUAUUUGAAACAUCUCAAAAAUGUCUUCUGCGUAAACCUCUCAAACAAACACUCCUCCCAGACCACCACAGCUCCUUUUUAGACACUCCAAACACACACACACACACACACAGACAGACACACACGCGCACACCGCAAUAUCCUCGCGCACAGAACGGCUAACACAGAGAUCACUGUUUGUGUUUAGGGAGAGGAUGUUGACUGGAAGAAGAACACAAGAGAUCACGUCAAAAAAAAAAAAAAAAGUAGAUUAAAACAAUUGAAGAUACAAGUGAGACAAUUACUGGCAGAUGAGCAGAGAUGGCCUCUGUUUCCCAAUGGUGCGCCUGGAAAAUGAAUGGAAGCUGUAUAACCUUUUAUGCCUUGUCUCUGAGGCGGCGUGCCCAAACACCACAUUGCAUGCUAGAAUGGUAGACCCUCAUAGAUAAGCUAAGGCUUCGACCUGUCCACUCCCCUGUCUUCCCUCUGUCUCAUCUCCUGCGCUAUUCCAACCUUGCCUGCUGUUGUGUUCUCCAUGACGAUCAUCCCUCUUCUUUUGUAGCCUACUUUGACUUCCUCCGUUCUACUUUUUUGGUUUGCAUGCACAGGCAUCACAAAACAGUUGAUGUUUUUAAGAGAAUAUUUUGUUGCUGAGGCCAUGCAAAGUGUUUUGAAUAUUGCCCUUAUAUGUGGAAAAUGUCCUCUGAAUGCUUUACAUAAUUUCUGCUGUAAAAUGAAAUCAGAAUAAAAAAGAAAAUUUGCACUUUAA